AUGGGUGAACCCGCCGCACCUGCAAACGUCGUUAAAUGGAUCAAUGAACAACAUCCUCGUCCACUAAACUAUCAAUCAAUGGUUUGGCUUCGUGACUGUUGUUCAUGGAUUGCGGACUCCUACUCCCUUUCUCCAACCUCUACAACAGACUUUCCCCAGUUUAAAUCACAUUCUAGCCUCGCAGACUCGACCCUGCCAAAUACUGGUCUCCCGCAAGACAUCCAUGCCAUCAAAAGAGGUCGCGUUUCAGGUCCUCCCUGUCUCGUAGAAAUUCGUGCCAUCAGCGACGUUGCCCACACUGCAUUUAGCUUGAUGAACGUGAGGCAGAAUCGCGUGGAUCGAGCGGACUUAGCCGGCCUUGUGAGGGAGGGUCAAGAGGAUGCAGAAGAGGAUGAGGGCCCAGUCCCAAAAUAUCCGAGAGCUAUUUUGCGUCUCGAGCUCACCGAUGGUUUCACAACUGUCGAGGCUGUGGAAUAUCGUUCUAUACCACAGCUUGAACUUGGCGUCACUCCGUUGGGGUACAAGGUACGUGUUGGUUGA